GCUCCUGCUCGGGCGACUGGGUUUAACACACGCUGUCUCUCCUGGCCGGGACACUGCCCUUGUCGGGUGGACGACUGGGGGACCCAGGUGUGCCUGGCUGGCUGACGUCUCUCGUCUCUCGUUCGCGACGAACACCUCCUCGGGAGCGCCUCCCCGCCCGCCAAUCCCCGGAUUGACGGCCGUGCCCUCCUUCCCCACACAAGCAGCCGCAAUUCCUGAUCUGCUCCACGGCCGCCUCGCCGUGCCAUCCACCGCUCGUCUCGACCCCCUGGCACUGUCACCCGGUUCUUGGCUUUUUGGGCAUCCUCCAGCCCGACAGCAGAGCCAUGUAUUCGGCCCCCUAUGGCUACCCCAAUCCCGCCGCUGGUCCCAUCUUCAACGGCGCCCCACCCCAGGGCGCGCACUUGCAACCUGGCCCAUCCCCGAACCAGCCGCAGCAGAUCAUGUACAACGCGCAGCAAUUCCCCGUGCCGGGUCAGCCCGGUGCCUUUCCCGCCGGUCCCAACCCUGCCAUGAUGGGAGGUGGUGCUGGCGGGCCUGCAGGAAUGAUGCAGAAUGCCGCCAUGCCGCACAUGGCUGCCAAUGGGCAUCAAAUGGCGUUCCAGCAGGCACCCUUUACCACAUCUCCCUAUGUGGCUGCUGUUCCUUCCUCCGCGGCUCCCCAGCCGCAGCUGCCGGCCAACUUUAUGAUGGCCGGCCAAAUGCCACCCUAUCAGAUGAACUCGGGGAUGCCAGGCCAGCAGCCCAUGAUGCAGCAACGGAUGCUCGCCGCCCAGCAAAGCGCCGGCGCCAUGCCUGUCUCAACGCCUCAGCGGCAAUUUAACCCUCCACAGGGCACUCCAACCAACUCAAUGCCUGCCCAGCAACAACAGUUUUCAACGCCGCAACAUCAAGGUACUCCCCAGAGCCAGACACCGACGACUGCCCAACCUCCGCCAGCAUCAAUCGCAACACCACAGACUCCGACAUUUCCCACCGAGCAGGGACAGCAGCUGGCAAGCGGGGCUUCUGCCACCGUCUCGGCGCCGCAGAGUCCGUCGACCGAAUCUCGCGACAAGGAGAGAUUUGCGGUUCUGCUAGAGAUUAACCAGGAGCUGCUGUACGAGUCGAUACAGCUCGUAAACAGCCGCAAUGAACUCAAGAAGGAGCAGGCCGCCGCCGAGUCGGCAGGGACAAAAAGCGGCGAGGUGGAUUACGCAGAGGAGGAAAAGUUGGCGAACGUGGACUACAACCACUGCAUGAGGAGGCUACAGGCAAACCUCACCUACAUGUUCGCGCUCGCCGACCGCAAGGGGAAACAAGUCCCCCCGUCGCCCGCCUACCUGACCCCGCCGCCGCUCAACCUGCAGCUCACGUUGAGGCUGCCGCCCAGCAUGCCUGACGACCCCAUCGAACAGCCCGCAGAUCCGGUCGCGGACCGCGCUGAGCGCGACCAGCUGCUGAAGAGCCUCUACAAGAAGCUCCAGUCGCUCUAUCCCGGGGUGGACCCCAAGAAGGAGCCCCCCGUGCAGCCGGCCGGGGCUCGGCCGGGGACGGCAAACUCAGGCGCGGCCGCGGCGGGGAUGAAGAUGCCGGCGACGCAUAACGGCCAGGCUUCCACGCCCGCGGCGGGCCAGGGCUCGACCCAGAACAGCCCGGCGGCCACGCCUGCGCCGGCACAGCCGCAGGGGACCCCGCAAAUGGCAAAUGCCGCGGCGCCGGGGCUGAUGCAGGCUAGUUCAUGACCCGGUUGGGGGGAGUAGGUUUUCUUUGCGCUGUACGAUGUGAGAGAGCGAGAUGGAUGGGCCGGUGCCAUCGUGCGAGAAUGGAAAAUAGUGCAUAGAGGCGGUGGCUGCGAAUCUGUGUUGGGGGGGAGAUAUAUCGUCGAUCUUGUUUGACUUACAUGGCGGGAACCUGUGGAUCUCAUUCCGGCGGGGGAG